AUUCAUCCCAACAAAGGGUCAUCUGUUUAUUAUAUUUGCAAGCCCCAUCAUGCCAUUCUCAAACUUGGCGUGAUUAUUUGUAUUUGUUGCAGCAGCUUGCCCACUAACAACAACCCAAUUGUCCACUUCUUGACACCAGCCGACGCAGCAAGCAAUGGCAAACCAGGAGGACAACGCCGACAGGGCGAGAACCUCUGCACCCGAUCUCCAAAUUCUCGGCGACGAAAUCACCUUUCAGCCUAGCGGAUACGAUAAAGAUGAGAACAUAGGCGGCAAAGAAGAGGCUCUCAUGAACCAAUUUGCCUCCUUCCGCUCCGAGCCACUCCAGUUUCUUCGUGAAGUUUCUUUAUAUGUAUCUGGACAGGGAUGGCGCGCCUACGAUCGAGUCAUUGGGCAACCCGUUUUCUACUCGGGAUUUUCCGAAAAUAUGAAGUCUAACGUCUUAUCCGCUCCCCUAUUGCAGCGCCGAAUCACACAGCUUGCCGAAAGUCGCGUCGCUGUCGAGGAAAAGGAAGGCUUGCUCAACAAGGAGGAUAGUGAUUACCAGGUCAAGCGAGUCCAGAGAAUCAACGCUCUUGAGUCUGGGCUUCAAGAGGUGGCUGACAAGAUCACGGAUGAAAUGAUUUGCAAGAUGGAGAGCAAGGCAUUUAUUCGUGGAGCCUAUUAUAUGUGCACCCAGCUUCUCACAAGAGCAUAUCAUCAGGGCAUUCAUGUCUCUAGCGAAGAGGUUCUCCGUCUUCGCCAAGUGGCGGACAUGGCCGCCAAGAAGAAGCAGAGUAUUGUCUUCUUGCCUAGCCACCGAUCUCACGUCGACUACGUCUCGCUCCAGCUCAUCUGCUACCGUCUUGGUCUUACACUGCCAGUCGUUGUCGCCGGCGAUAACCUUAACUUCCCAUUGGUUGGUAGCUUCUUGCAGCAUGCUGGUGCAAUGUGGAUUAGGCGAGCGUUUGGCGACGAUAUUUUGUACCAGACCCUCGUUCAAACGUACAUUGAUACCCUCCUUCAGGAAGGAUACAACUUUGAGUGCUUUAUUGAAGGUGGUCGUUCAAGGACGGGCAAACUGCUGCCUCCCAAAUUCGGUAUUCUGAGCUUUGUGCUGGAUAGCAUUCUGUCUGGCCGUGUCAAUGACUGUAUCAUUUGUCCUGUUUCCACACAGUACGACAAAGUAAUUGAAACCGAAGGAUACGUCACUGAGCUUCUUGGCGUCCCAAAGAAGAAGGAGAACUUGGCAGACUUUUUGUCUGGCGGAUCCUCAGUUCUAUCGCUGAAGCUGGGACGUGUCGAUGUUCGUUUCCAUGAACCGUGGAGUCUCCGUUCGUUUGUAGACAAUCAGCUAUCAAAGCUACCCUCUGUUCCUCGCGGCCUUGAUACAGAUCAUCGCAAUCCCGAGGUCCGCGCCGUCCGAGAGAAGAUUCUUCGGACGCUAGGAUACAAGGUUCUCGGCGAUAUCAACGACGUCUCCGUUGUUAUGCCUACUGCGUUGAUCGGAACCGUCCUCUUGACGCUGCGUGGCCGCGGUGUUGGCAAGCAGGAGCUGACGCGCCGAGUCGAAUGGCUCACUGCUCGUGUUCGUGCGAAGGGUGGCAGGGUGGCUCAUUUUGGAAAUGCCCCCUUGUCUGAAAUCAUCGAGCGCGGUCUGGAGGUCCUCGGAAAAGAUUUGGUAGGCGUUGUUGAUGGCCUAGCUGAACCUACUUACUACGCGGUUGACCGCUUCCAGCUUUCCUUCUACCGCAACAUGACCAUUCAUCUCUUCAUCUACGAGGCGCUCGUCAGUGCCGCCAUGUACACUCGCGUUAAGCGCGGUGGUGGACCGUCUAUGCAAACCAUAGAAUAUGAUGAGUUGCGCUCUUAUGUCUUGCUCCUGUCGUCACUCUUCAGGAGCGAAUUUAUCUUUGGUAGUGCCGGUCUAGAUGUCAACUUGGAUAAGACACUAAAGGGUCUAGAGGCCGAUAACGUGGUCUGCCUUGAGCGUGACGAACACGGCAAGGUAAAGGUGAUUGGUCUGUCUGACGACGAGAGAAAGGCUGGUCGCGAAAACUACGAUUUUUACUGUUUCCUUGUCUGGCCAUUUAUCGAGGCAAGCUGGCUGGCGGCCGUGUCUCUCAUGGGCCUCACGCCGCCACUCGGCAAGAAUGGCGACGUCUGGAUCGAAUCUGGCAAAGCUCAAAACUCAGCACAACUGCUUGGUAAAACCCUCUACCAUCAGGGUGAUUUGUCCUACUUUGAAGCCGUCAAUAAGGAAACCCUCAAAAACUCGUACAGUCGCUUCGAAGAGGACCAGAUGGUCUAUGUGGUGAAGUCCAAAGACGCCAAGAUCCCGCCUCGUAUGCAGCUCGGCCGUUCCUGGCACUCGCCUCGCGAUCAGCAGACUGGUGCCCUGCUCCCUAAAGGCAAGCUGUGGGAUUUUGUCGAGAAGGUAGCCAGUUGCCGCCGUGAGGGUAAAAACCGCCGCGAUGGCGCCACGGUUAGCGUCCGUGUGCUACGUCUCGCAGACGAGCUCGGUCGCAAGCUUUUUGAUGAGGCGGAAGAAGCUGAGAAAGGCGGCAAGUCCAAGGUCCCCAGCCGUCUGAGUCGCGAAGAGCAGGAAGCCGUGCGAAAGAGCAUCCGCAAUUCCAAGAAAAGAGGGAAGAUGCAGUCGCGGUCGCACCUGUGAGCUUUAGUAACCUGCUUGCCCUUGAUAUUCACUUCCCUUUGCGCUUGUCUCUGUGACAAGCGUCUUCCAAUGAAAGCACCUUGUGUAUAAUGAUGUAAUUGCAGAUAUGUACGAUGAAAUAUAAAUAUUGCUCUGUUUCUUUCUCCUUAUCAUACCAUACAUAUACAUAUACAAGUCAAGAGAUUAUGUCACUAACUAGAGACGGGUUUAAGAAUAAUGUUGUCAAUAAGUCGUACAGGAGGGCCGCCCGCAUGCCCAACAUCCUCGCCACGUUGCGUCUCCGUCAACGAAUGCAUCUUGAUAGCGCCACUCAGCACCGCGCCGUGUGCUGGAUCAACAGCAUCAAUUUCCAACAUAGUGUUUGGAUCAGCCAUCGAGAUAUAGUCCACGUCGAACAGCGCCCGCUCCGCUGCCGACAGUUUGGUCUGCGCCUCCAGUGUCUGGGAGAUCACCUCGUUGGCAGCGCCGAGUAUGGAAGCACGAUCCAGCUUACCAGCCUUGUAAGUCUGUUCGGCUGCCGACAAGGCCCGGUAGAGCGUGACUCCCACGUUGCGUCGUCGCGGACCGAGGUAGACAUUCCGAGAGCUGAGGGCGAGUCCAUCCGCCUGUCUUUCGGUCGGGCAGAUAAUGACUUCUGUGGGGAGCAUAAGAUCGCCUGUCAUCCUGCGGAUAACCACAGUUUGUUGAACAUCUUUCUGGCCAAAAUAUACGCGCUCAGGUUGUACAACGUUGAACAGCUUCAUACACACCGUCGCCACCCCGCGAAAAAAGGUCGGCCGACUUGCUCCCUCAAGCACCUCUCCAACCGGCGUUAUGGUAACAAAGCUGCCUUUGCUGUCAAUCUCCUGUCCCGGGAAACCAGACGGGUACAUUUCAGGCGUCGUUGGCGCAAAGACGGCAGAGAUACGUCCAAAGUUGCUGCCAUCGUCAGCCAGCUCGCGAUCAAGCUUCGCUAAUGCGGCGGUAUCGCUCUCCCAGGUAACAGGGUAUGAAGAGAGGUCUUCUUUAAUUCCAAACUGGGCUGGGUUGACGUAUAUGCUCACGACAACGUGGUGGUUUUCUUUAGCGGCGGCGCGAAUCAGAGCUAGAUGGCCCUCAUGUAGAGCUCCCAUAGUCGGCACCAGACCGACGCUGCGCUGAUUCAGCAUGUGCGGCUGUCGCCAUCGACGUACGGACUCUACUGAGCGCAACACUGAGAUAGACGUCGAGGGAAUCUUUUCAACGGCAGCGCGGGCCGUGCGUAGAGUACGCGUGAAGAAGACGGCGCCGGUGACUACAGCACGUGCGGCUCUGAGCGAUGGUCCGUUGGCGCCAAUCAUGGUAGUAAAUGUAAAUAGUACCGGCAAGGACAGCAGCUGGUGUGUUAGAUACUGAUUUAGACACAGAAUAGCCCACGUGGGCCGCUCUUUAUAGUCCAAUGGUUCGGGGUGAGAAAGAAAACCGGACGUCGUGACGGGUUGUGCGCCGCAGAUUUUGGGACGCAGGGGCGUGGGAGAGGCUGCUAUAAGUUGGACAUCGUCGCUGGAUGAGUCAGCAAGUUAUUUGUCGAGAAAUACAGUGCGCUGCUGCCAAUUCAUGAAAAAUAGUACACAGCGACGAAUUUAUAGAUGAUUUUUUAUUGGUUU